CCCCUUCUGUUUUUCUUUUGUUCUUCUGGUUCCUCCUCUCCUCCUCUUUUCUUUCCUCUAGGGUUAGGAUUUGGUGAUGGAAUUUUGAGAGCUUGUAUCACUGAUUCAUGGGAAAGGAGGCCCUUCUCUCCUAGUGCCCUCCAGGUUUUUGGACCGAUUCAAUUCGUGUUGUUUUUCUCGCUGUAGUUUGGAUUCCCGUUCUUGUUUUGCAUUUGCGCAGGCACCAGGGGGAGCGCACCAAGCGCUGGGGAGCUUGCAGCAGUGGCUGCUAUGCAGCGUGCAAGGAGAACAGGCAGCCUGCAGCACUAGCACCUUGGCCUUGGUGCGCAGAGGCAGCAAGCAGCAGGGAGGUGAGCAGCGGUGGGGGGUGUUUCUGCAGCAGCAGCUCAAGACAGUGCCCAGCAUCGUCCAGGCCGGCUUCGAUCUGCGCGUGGCCCAUGACGGUGACUCCUAGGGUAGUCGGAAAUGAAAAUGACGACGCCCAGAUUGAACUGCUCAAGGACACUGGAAUGCAAAUUAUAGCAAAAUGUGAUUGUUUACCGCUUGCUAUCAAAGUAAUGGGAGGUCUCCUGCGCCAGAAAAUGACAAGCCAAAGAGACUGGGAAAAUGUCCUAAAUGACUCGAUGUGGUCAGUAUCCCAAAUGCCUGAAGAGCUAAACUAUGCAAUAUAUCUUAGUUACGAAGAUUUGAGUCCUAGUUUGAAGCCUUGCUUUCUGCACUACUCGCUCCUUCCCAAGAGCAGAGUGUUCUUCACCGAUGACAUUGUUGGCAUGUGGAUUAGUGAAGGAUUUGUUCAUGGAACUUCACGUAACUUCGAGGAAAUAGGAAAAGAUUACUUUGUCAAGUUGAUACAUAGGAACCUUAUUGAGCCUGAUAUAAACUAUGUUGAUCAAGUAGUUUGCAACAUGCAUGAUGUUGUCCGCUCAUUUGCUCGAUACUUGGCUAGAAAUGAAGCACUAGUAGCACAGAACAAGCAAACUGGUAUUUCUGAGAAAAUGGAUUCACAAAAGUUUUUUCGCCUAUCUCUGGAAAUAAGAGCAUCAGAAUCAGAUGAGUUAGAAUGGUAUUCAUUACAAGCACAGACAUCACUGAGAACACUAUUAUCAGUUGGGCCUAUAAAAAUCAAGCCUGGUGAUUCAUUCCUUGCUUUUUCAAAUUUACGGACACUACAUGUAGAAGAUGCAAAUUUUGAUGCAUUAGUUGAAUCUUUGAAUCAACUCAAACACUUGAGGUAUUUAUCCAUAGAAGGCACUAAUACAUCAAGGCUGCCUGAAAACAUUAGUAAGAUGAAAUUCCUGCAGUAUAUUAGCCUUCUUGGUUGUAACAGUCUGGUGAAUCUUCCUAAUUCCAUUGUAACGUUGCAACACUUGAGGUUUCUUAACCUUCGUGACACAGGAAUAAGUAGCAUACCUCAGGGUUUUCAUGGGCUAACAAAUCUGAGGAUUUUAUUGUUAGAUUUAAUCUUGUCAUUAGAACAUUGCAUGUUUACUUUGUUAGUUUGCAUGUAAAAAUAAAUAUGCGUG